AUGCGCGAACGACCUAUGGAUUGGCCGAGUUUGGCGAACAUCUUUGCGCCGCUGAGCACGUCGCUGAGAGGGCUGACACACGCGUGUGAGGACGCGAUUGACCGCCGUGAAGACGACCGCCUGUAUCCGCAUGCGGGACUCGAGGCGGGGCGAUGUCUUCACAUAGCUCACCGUAGACUGAGAACCACUUGCCAUUCAAGAGGCGUUCGACACCGCCAACACGUACAUCAACAAGAUCGCGGACAGAGAGAACGCGCUGGUGCUGCAGCAGGGGAAACGGGUACGUUGUCGAGAAGCCGGGGCUGGCGACGAGGACCGUGA